AGGCAGGCUCUCUUGGGCCAGAACCAGCACCCAACCGAACCCACGAAUUGUAGACGGCCGCACCGAGAACUGGAACUAACAGCAAGAGGCGGCGAGGGUUUUAGCCGCCGGCGAUGGCCCUCUCCUCCUCCUCCGCCCUGCUCCGCCGUCUACUCCGCAGCUCCACCCCAGCAUCCUCCUCCUCCAAACUUCGCGCGACCUUCUGCUCCUCCUCCUCCGGUCCGUCGCCCACCCUGCCACCUCCGUCCUCCAUAUUCGGCGACGACACCGAGGUCGCCAACGUGCCGCCGCUCACCACCCCCAAGCUCUUCGUCAGCGGCCUUUCAAGGCUAACAACAGAUGAGAAGCUUAAGGGCGCAUUUGCUCCUUUUGGGAGGCUCGUUGAAGCAAAAGUCGUGACAGAUAAAAUUUCUGGGAGGUCAAAGGGUUUCGGAUUCGUGAGAUAUGCGACCAUAGAAGAGGCUGAAAAUGCGCGGCAGGAGAUGAAUGCCAAGUUUCUGGAUGGGUGGGUCAUUUUCGUUGACCCUGCUAAACCGAGGCAACCGAAGCCUGCUGCUCAGCAGGAUACUCAUUCCUCACACACUGGCUUCACGACAAACAAGACUGUAGGAUGGUGUGGUUAGUUGUGCUGAACUGUCGUUAUACAUCACAAAAUGGAUAAGUAUUAUCAGAGACAUCCGGUAGGAGUUUGAUUUGAUAUGGCCAUGGAGAAUUGGAGAUACAAUUCUCAUCUGUUUGGUGUCACAUUUCUGCGUUGUAAGAUGAUUGUCAUCAUUGUUCUUGCGGGUGGUGAUCUGAUUGAUAGCCUUUUGACUUUCGUUUA